UUCCGCUCGGGGCGGCGGCGGUGGCGGAAGUGGGAGCGGAGCCGGAGUCUUGGCCAUAAAGCCCGAGGCGGCGGCGGCGGCGGCGGCGUUGGAAGCUAGGACAGGCCGAGGAGCCCGCCGGAAUCGGAGCUUGGAGUUUCUUUCGCUCCCGUCGUCCUCUCGUCUUCUCCUCGGCGGAGCCCUCGCGACGCGCCCGGCCCGGAGCCCAGCGGAGCGGCCGCGCUUGAAGGAUGACCUCGAGGAAGAAAGUGCUGCUGAAGGUCAUCAUCCUGGGGGACUCUGGAGUCGGUAAGACAUCACUCAUGAACCAGUAUGUGAACAAGAAAUUCAGUAAUCAGUACAAAGCCACAAUAGGAGCAGACUUUCUGACAAAGGAGGUGAUGGUGGAUGACAGACUAGUUACAAUGCAGAUCUGGGACACGGCCGGACAGGAGAGGUUCCAGUCUCUGGGUGUGGCCUUCUACAGAGGCGCAGACUGCUGCGUCCUGGUGUUCGACGUGACUGCCCCCAACACGUUCAAGACCCUCGACAGCUGGAGAGACGAGUUCCUCAUCCAGGCCAGCCCCCGGGACCCGGAGAGCUUCCCCUUCGUCGUGCUGGGGAACAAGAUUGACCUCGAAAACAGACAGGUGGCCACAAAGCGGGCACAGGCCUGGUGCUACAGCAAAAACAACAUUCCCUACUUCGAGACCAGCGCCAAGGAGGCCAUCAACGUGGAGCAGGCCUUCCAGACGAUUGCCCGGAACGCGCUGAAGCAGGAAACGGAGGUGGAGCUGUACAAUGAAUUCCCUGAGCCCAUCAAACUGGACAAGAACGACCGGGCCAAGGCCUCGGCGGAAAGCUGCAGCUGCUGAAGUGGCAGAGAGCAGAGCACAGAGUCCUUCGCGAUCCAAGAACACACGUAGGCCUUCCACCAUGAGCCCCUCUCCUCUCCACACCAACAGUCAUCUCUCACAUCCAGCUGCCAAAAGAACCCCCAAACACAGUCUCCCCUGCACACACACACACACACACCCCUGACACAGACUCACUCCACAGCCCAGGCCUGUGACGGCUCCAUCGGGGUCCCUGCGUCAGCCCUCAGAUGGCAGCAGGACGGGCCGGCUGCAGAAAUCGUUCCGGUUUGGAGUCGGCCUCGGAGGCUGCUUCUUUUUGUCCACUGGAGAGAGAGAACUGUUUACAGUCAACCCGUGUCUAAUUAGUUCUGGUUUUUUUAACUGUCUUGUGGUCUUUUUACCCCCCCCACCCCCGUGAAGGCUACCACUUGGGAAGGCGGGUGCCCUGCGCUUCAUUACAGGCUCACACCCAGUCUGAUAAGGCUGAGUUUUGUAUGUAUCUGUUAAUGCUUGUUACUUUUAACUAAUCAGACCUUUUUACAGUAUCCAUUUAUUAUGUAAUGCUUCUUAGAAAAGAAUCUUAUAGUACAUGUUAAUAUAUGCAACCAAUUAAAAGUGUAUAAAUUAGUGUAAGAAAUUCUUGGAUUACGUGUUUAAGUCCUGUGAUGCAGGCGUAGAGAUGGAGGGUUGAAGCCUGUCUGGAUCACAGAGUGUUCAGCCACUCAGAUUGCAGAAAUCCAGCUGGAGGCAGUAUUCUGUACAGUAGACACGAGAAUCAUGUACGCCUGGAGGCAGUAUUCUGUACAGUAGACACGAGAAUCAUGUACGCCUUUUAAUCAAAGACUUAGGAGCCAAAAAGCUUUUCAUCUCUCCAGGGGGAAAACUGUCUAGUUCCCUUCUGUAUCUAAAUUUUUCCAAGAGGUUGAUUUGCAUAAUACCAUGGUGUGUGCAGUGGAGAAACGGCUGUUUCAGAAAUAUAAAACUCUGAUUUUUCUUUUUUUUUCCUCUGCUCCACACUUGGAAACUCCCCUAUUAGAUCAGCAUCCACGUACAAGAGGGAAAGGAAAAGGAAAAUCCUACCAGACCUGUCCUAGUGACUUUACCUUUGUCCUGGAAGGCGCUCCUUUCGGGGCUGUGGCAUCCUUAGGUGAGCAGACCUCCUCUCCUUCUUGCCAGUACAACCCGCCAUGCCUUCCCCGUGUCCUGGGUGUGAAGCCAGGCAGCUGUGCCCCAGGACCUGCCCGCAUUGUAGCUUGCUUCUCAGAGCACCUCCCUCUCUCCAGAGGCCUGCAUUCUAGGGUGUGGGCCGAGUUCUUCUGUAAAGAGAUGAACGUGAUGCCAAUAAAAUGUAACAAGAACAAAGAC